AUGACAAACUCUGACACUCAUAAACAACGAGCUCGUUUCUCUCGUCAAUCUUUAUCCACCACCAGCAAUAAGACGACGACCACUGACCCUGAUGCAGUGAAGCUGCCAUCAUUACGUAUUGGCCUUAACAAGGCCACCGAAUCAGUGACUCCAUCACCCGUUGAAACUCGACGACCACCAAGCUGGGGGGAUGCAUUGUAUCAUUAUUGGAGACAUUCGAUGUUGCACGCCACUUUUUCGACUUGUCUUCCGCAUGCCGAAGAAGCCGAGUUUGAGGAGAAAUUCAAAUAUCUCAUUGUCACAUCAUCCUUUAUCAACGAGUCAUCGUGUCCUAGCACACCCCAUCAUCAUAACAACGACACCAACAAAAAGAAGAAAAAACGAGGUUCUUUGCAGCAUAUGGCCUCUGUGGCCAACAUGGAUCUUGCAGCUGCAGCUAUUUCCAAUACACGGAUAUCUCGAGGAGGAGCAAGUGCAGGUUUCGGAACCGUGGCUACGAUGACCGGAUUAUUGAUUGCAUUGGGAGCAGAAACUGUAAUGCUGCAACAGCAACAGCAACAAAGGAGUCAAGAACAAUCAAACCAUCCAUUGCAAAUCCUUGCAAGUCCCGUAUUAUCAUGGACCAUGUUGUUAACUGGAGGCAUGUCGAUAUUCUUUGUUUACAGGCAUCUGAGGCGGUCCGGUAUUCGGCAAUUGUAUCAUACUGCAUUGAGCCAUUUACAAGUAUUCAUGGAACAUUGUGAAGCAUUCGACAACAAAAUCCAGCGUGGAUUGACUUUGAUAUACGACAUUGAAUGGGUGAUGAAGAAACGCGUAUCAUCAUCCAAAUGCAGCAACAAUGAACCUAAUAACGUAACACCAUCUCCCCCCUGCGCUCUGAUGCGAAACCGCUUUGCAGCUUUAUUGAGACGAGCAUUCAUUGUUUACGAGGAGGCGAUCAUUGACUUGAGAUCCCAUGUCAACAAAGAAAACCUUGCCCAUCUCUAUGGCAUGUACAAUGUGCGCUCUUUUGCUACCCUAUCAGCUGUCGACCGUGUCGAAGUCGAUGGAUCCGAUGUACCUUCCUUUGAGUGUCUUGAAGUAUUAGCGCAAUCUAUGCAUGCAAAGCGCCGUGAAUGUUUGGUCCAAUUUCUUGCCCUUGAUAUCGUAUCCGAACGACACGACUCGGUACGACGUGAUUACGCAAAUGAAUGGAAAGGCAUCAACGCCGUGCUUGACACGCUUGUUCAAGAGACAAGCAAGUUCGCUGCUGAUGCAAUGGAAGCUUUAGAGGAUGAACAAUAUAACCAACAUCACCCAGCUUCACCAAACAACCAAUCACCUUUACCUAGCGACAGCUCACUCCAACCUCUUAUCGAUCGUUUAUCAUUAAUGGAUCAACAGGCUCGCACUUUGGAAGCCAAGUUUUAUUUAUGCAAGGAUGAUUUAAGAGAACUUGCUGCAAGUCUACGAACCGCAUCAGCAAACGAUGAGCACCAUGUGCGUGAGCGCCUAAAGCAAGAAUACAUGUCCUUGGAACAAGACCUAAUGCAAAUGGUGGUGGACUGGCAAACGGGUCGAGAUGCAUUGAUGGGUUUAUUGGAACCAUCUUCGUGCGAUGCCGAUUCAUCCUCGACUUCUUCUUCGCCUAUGAUGCCCACAACACCAAUCGUCAAGGAACAUCCACAUAGUUUGACAUCCGUAUCAAAGGGACAAUCAUCCAUGCUUGAUGAUGAUGGUAAUCAUGCACAAGAAUUCUCAUCAAAGACAUCCGCUUUUCGAGCUGCGGCAAAUGUUGUGGAGCGUAAUACGACAGAACGAGCACCGAGAAUGAACCGUGCCGAACGUGCUUCAGAGAUGAUGGCUCAACGUGUAAAAGAGGCUCGUGAAGUCGCUGCAAAAUCUGGUCAUGAUCCUAAUGCAUAUUAG